AUGGCCGAAGUGAAAGGCAAAGCCCCCAUACCACCUAUGCCUGGACCCGCUUCUGGGAGCGCGAACCCUGCUGCGUCAUUAUCUGCACUCUGGGCGUACCUUCUUCCGGCCCUCAACCACAUCGUCAAAAGCCCUGUGAACUCGGACAAGCCUCGCGCACCUGCAAUCGACAUGGCGUUCUAUGCUGGGAUUCACACUGCGUGUUACAACUACUUCACCGCGCAGUCUGAAGCCAAGCCGCCUCCCUCUCGCUCUUCCACCGAACCUGCCAGCGGCACGGACCUGUACGAGCAACUAGACAAGUAUUUCAUGGAGACGACACGCGAGAUCAUGCUGGGGGCUCCACACGACGAUGCUACUCUGAUUCAGUAUAUUGUCCCGUGUUUCAACCGUUUUUCUGCGGGUGCCGUCUCUGUCAACCGCCUCUUAAACUACGUCAAUCGACACUAUGUCAAGCGCGCGGUGGACGAAGACAAGGGCUGGCUCCGGCUCAGCGACGUUCUGGAAUCUGUUGCCAAAACUAUCUACGCUGACGACACACGAGAGAAGGUCUCCGAGAAGUUGAGAGAGAAGAGAAUAGAAGAGCUAACGAAGUGGGGCUACAAGACAGAUGGUACGGGUACUCCAGCGGCGGCCGCUGAGGCCUGCGCAGAAGCCGCUAGUCCACUAGACCGAGUCGUACCGGUGACUGCCCUGGCCCAUCGACGAUUCCGUACGGAAGUCAUCGAUCCUCUGCUGUCGGUUCCAGCUGUCAAGGGCAAGAAGAGCAAACACAAGACGCCCAAGGCUGGCUCGGCGCCCCCGACACCUAAAGGUCGGCUGGCCCGGGCCGUGAAAGAGCUGCUCGAGGGGGAAGGCGGUGAUGAAGCGGAGAAGACGAGGCUGGCGACGGAUCUCUCUGCAGCGCUGCGCCUGAUCGGAAUCCGUGUCGACCACCCAUUGCGCAAGCGACUGGACAAAUUUAUCGCGUCCCAGUCGCCUGGAGCCUAA